GGCACCGCCGGCGGCCCGGGGUAGCGGCGCGGGCGGGGGCAGGGGCUGGGGCCGAGUGGGGAGGCCGGUGCUGGGGAUGGGGGUCGCCCGGCCGCCCCGCGCGUGACAAGGCCGAGGGGCGUGCCACCCCGUCCCGGGGCGCGCGCCCCGGGGCCCCGCCAUCCCUUGCCCCGCCGUCGUGGCCCGGGAUGCGGAGCCGGGGGCCGCCGGUGGAGCUGCGCGGGGUGAGAGGCGCGGGGAAGCGGGCUGCCUGCCGUCCUCGCCCUCGGCCCCCGCCGGCGGGCCCCGGCCCUCUUAGCGCGCUGACAUUCGGGGGGCACAGGUGAACCCGCCCGCCCAGUCCCCGCCCCCUCCUGGACCGCAGCGUGUCUCGGUGGGAUCGACCCUGCCCUUCGCGAGAGGCUUUUGCUUGCUCCCUGCGGAGGGCCCCCCAGCCAUGGCCCCCAGGAGUCCCCUGGAGCGCGCAGGGACUGCCCCCGAUCCUGGCCGCCGGGGCCCCGCCGCCUGCCGCUGGCCCCCGGUGUGAAGCGGCCUCCAGCAGCCCCCGGCCCCCUCCCCCCACCCCAUGGAGGAGGAGGAGGAGGAGGGGGCGGCGGCCAAGGAGUGGGGCGCGACCCCCGCGGGGCCCGUCUGGACCGCAGUGUUCGACUACGAGGCGGCGGGCGACGAGGAGCUGACCCUGCGGCGGGGCGACCGCGUCCAGGUGCUCUCGCAGGACUGUGCGGUGUCGGGCGACGAGGGCUGGUGGACCGGGCAGCUCGCGAGCGGCCGGGUGGGCGUCUUCCCCAGCAAUUACGUGGCGCCCGGCGCCCCCGCCGCGCCCGCGGGCCUGCAGCUGCCCCGCGAGAUCCCGUUCCACGAGCUGCGGCUGGAGGAGAUCAUCGGCGUCGGGGGCUUCGGCAAGGUCUACCGGGCGCUGUGGCGCGGCGAGGAGGUGGCCGUGAAGGCCGCGCGGCUGGACCCUGAGCGCGACCCGGCGGUGACGGCCGAGCAGGUGCGCCAGGAGGCGCGGCUCUUCGGCGCCUUGCAGCACCCCAACAUCAUCGCCCUCCGGGGCGCCUGCCUCAGCCCCCCGCACCUCUGCCUGGUGAUGGAGUAUGCCAGAGGGGGCGCCCUGAGCCGGGUGCUGGCCGGGCGCCGGGUACCCCCGCACGUGCUGGUCAACUGGGCGGUGCAGGUUGCCCGAGGCAUGAACUACCUACACAACGAUGCCCCCGUGCCCAUCAUCCACCGGGACCUCAAGUCCAUCAACAUCCUUAUCCUGGAGGCCAUCGAGAACCACAACCUCGCAGACACGGUGCUCAAGAUCACAGACUUCGGCCUCGCCCGCGAGUGGCACAGGACCACUAAGAUGAGUGCAGCGGGGACGUACGCCUGGAUGGCUCCUGAGGUCAUCCGCCUCUCGCUCUUCUCGAAGAGCAGCGAUGUCUGGAGCUUCGGGGUGCUGCUCUGGGAGCUGCUGACAGGGGAGGUCCCCUACCGGGAGAUCGACGCCCUGGCCGUGGCCUACGGCGUGGCAAUGAACAAGCUGACGCUGCCCGUCCCCUCCACGUGCCCGGAGCCCUUUGCCCGCCUACUGGAGGAGUGCUGGGACCCUGAGCCCCACGGGCGGCCGGAUUUUGGCAGCAUCCUGAAGCAGCUGGAGGUCAUCGAGCAGUCCGCCCUGUUCCAGAUGCCGCUUGAGUCCUUCCACUCACUGCAGGAGGACUGGAAGCUGGAGAUCCAGCACAUGUUUGACGACCUGCGGACCAAGGAGAAGGAGCUCCGCAGCCGCGAGGAGGAGCUGCUGCGGGCGGCACAGGAGCAGCGCUUCCAGGAGGAGCAGCUGCGGCGGCGCGAGCAGGAACUGGCGGAGCGCGAGAUGGACAUCGUGGAGCGGGAGCUGCACCUGCUCAUGUGCCAGCUGAGCCAGGAGAAGCCCCGGGUGCGCAGGCGCAGGGGCAACUUCAAGCGCAGCCGCCUGCUCAAGCUGCGGGAAGGCGGCAGCCGCAUCAGCCUACCGUCAGGCUUUGAGCAUAAAAUAACAGUCCAGGCCUCUCCCACGCUGGACAAGCGGAAAGGAUCGGAUGGCGUCAGCCCUCCAGCCAGCCCCAGCAUCAUCCCCCGGCUGAGGGCCAUUCGCUUGACCCCAGCCGAUGCGGGCAGCAGUGGCAGCAGCAGCGGGAGCAGUGGGACGUGGAGCCGCAGCGGACCCCCAAAGAAGGACGAGCUGGUCGCCAGCAAGAAGAAGGGCCGAACCUGGGGCCCCAGCUCCACCCUGCAGAAGGAACGGGCAGGAGGAGAGGAGAGGCUGAAGACCCUGGGAGAAGGCAGCAAACAAUGGUCAUCAAGUGCCCCCAACUUGGGCAAAUCCCCCAAACACACCCCCAUCGCUCCUGGCUUUGCCAGCCUCAAUGAGAUGGAGGAGUUCGCCGAGGACGGCAGCGCGCCCCCGUCCCCCCACACCACCCCGUCCUACCUCACCGUGCCGCUCCCUCCGGAGCCGUCCCCGGGGGCGCGGGGCCCAGGCGAGCGGGCACUGACGCCCCCGGCGCGGCCGGGCCACGGCGGCCGGCGGCGCUGCGAGCUGGCCCUGCUGGGCUGUGCCACACUGCUAGGCGCCGUGGGCCUGGGCGCCGACGUGGCCGAGGCGCGCGCGGCUGACGGCGACGAGCACCGACGCUGGCUGGACGGCCUCUUCCCCCGCGCCGGUCGCUUCCCGCGGGGGCUCAGCCCGCCCGGGCGCUCCCCGGGCCGCCGCGACGACGCGGGCCCCGGGCCGCCCCCCGCGCCGGGCCUGGCGCCCUCGGCCACCCUCGUGUCGCUGUCAUCCGUGUCCGACUGCAACUCGACGCGUUCGCUGCUGCGCUCCGACAGCGACGAGGCCGCGCCGGCCGCGCCCUCCCCACCGCCCUCCCCCUGCGAGCCUGAGCCGCCGCCCAGCGCCAACCCGCUGGUGGACCUGGAGCUGGAGAGCUUCAAGAAGGACCCGCGCCAGUCGCUCACGCCCACCCACGUCCCGGCCGCGCGCGCCGCCAACCGCGGCCACCGGCGGACGCCCUCGGACGGGGCGCUGGGGCAGCGGGGCGCGGCCCAGCCGUCGGGCCCCGGCCAGGGCCCUCGAGACGCCCAGGACUUCCCCCGCCUACCAGACCCCCAGGCUCUGUUUCCGGCGCGUCGCCAAGCUCCUGAGUUCCCUGGCCGCCCCACCACCCUGACCUUCGCCCCGAGACCCCGACCUGCCUCCAGCCGGCCCCGCCUGGACCCCUGGAAACUGGUCUCCUUUGGGCGGACACUCAGCAUUCCACCUCCCGGCAGGUGGGAGCCGGCGGGGAAACUGGGCACGGCCAGCGGGCAGCCCACCCUGUUGGACCUGGACAUGGAAGGGCAGAGCCAGGACAGCACGGUGCCCCUGUGCGGGGCGCAGGACUCCCGCUAAUGCUGGCCUGCCCGCUCGCCCGCCGGGGCAGCCUUGAAUGUAGCGUCCCAGGCCCAGCCCCAGCCCGCUGGGCCACAAGACUGGGGAGGCCCUGGGCAGGAAAUCCACUAUUUAUUGGGGAUGGGGGAGGGGGACUUAACUUAUUCCUUUGUACCCCAGGGGGUGGGGCCUGUGCCUACCCUGCAGUGGGGGAGGGUCGGCAGGGACACUCAGGGACAGGGCAUCAUGGGGCGUUUGGCACAAAAUGCAACAUUAAAGGUCACCCUGCCCCUUCC